UAUAUUCGAUUUUAAUGGAGGGAUCACAAGGUCAAUGAAAAUGUCUCAUUUAGUGCAUACAUCACAGGCUGGGCGUAGAAUUGUUGAAAAUUAUGAAGGAUGCCAAAGAAUCUUCCUCUUCAGAGUGUAAUUUCUCUACUGAAUAUCAGAGUUCACAACAAAUGGAUUGGCUCAGGGUUCAAGAUUCUCUAAAAGGGCAAUUGAUUACUGAAGAUGAUUUCAAAUGGAGAUUACCCGCAAGAGAAAAAGAAGGGAGCUGUGAAAUACUGAAGUAUGUUGGUGGGGUUGACUUAAGUUUCUCAAAAGAUGAUUCAUCUAUUGCCUGUGGAACCCUUGUUGUGUUGGACUUGCAGACCCACGAAGUUGUUUAUGAAGAUUCUUCUAUUGUUAGACUUCAAAUUCCAUAUGUUCCUGGUUUCCUUGCUUUCAGAGAGGCUCCUGUACUCCUGGAGCUUUUGGAUAAAAUGAAGAACAAUGGUCAUCCUUUCUACCCCCAGCUACUGAUGGUUGAUGGCAAUGGACUGCUUCAUCCUCGAGGUUUUGGUCUGGCUUGUCACAUUGGCGUCUUAGCUGAUCUUCCUACUGUUGGUGUGGGAAAGAAUCUGCACCAUGUGGAUGGUCUUACACAAUCUAGGGUAAGAGAACUCCUUCAAGCAGAGGACUCUCCUGAAAAUGUCUUACCCCUAAUUGGGGACUCUGGAUGUACCUGGGGAGCGGCAAUGCGAUCAUCUCAGGGCUCUUUGAAGCCUAUAUUUAUUUCAGUUGGUCACCGAAUAUCUCUCGCUACUGCCAUUGAAAUUGUGAGGAUGACUUGCAGAUUUCGUGUUCCAGAGCCCAUCCGGCAGGCUGAUAUAAGAUCAAGGGAGCGCCUGCGGAACAAUCAAUGACUAGGUCCGUAAUCGCUUCUCUAUAUAUUUGGUAGGUUCUGGUGAAUUUUUUUCUUUCUAACUAGUAACUACAUAUUUCCAAACUCCAAGACCUUAUUGUAACCUGGCUCAACAUGGUCCGGGCAAGCUUAAUUUGGUAUUUGUGUCACACAGGGAUCGAGGAUGUUAUGCUUCAAUUUUGCCAGGAUCAAAGUGUCAUUUUCUUGGUCCGUCUUCUGUUAGUGUUUUUUCAUUGAUACCAUGGAAAGCUCGACUAAGCCAGAAAUUGUAUAGGAGCAAUGAAGAAGAGAGAAGGGAAAGAACAUUGGAUUCUGUAUGUACAAAACAUAGAGAGAGAACAUUAAAUUCUGAGAGAAGAAAAACAUUCAUGCAGCUGCUAUUUUCCAUUUCAUAUUUGCUUUAGGAUAUCAGCGUUUUUGUUAGCUUGUAUAACUUAUGCAUGUCAGGCAAACUAUGCACACAAGUUGGCCUGAACACCACCGUAUAAAAAAUAAAUAAAUUAUAAAGUCUGUAUGGAUUUUCAUAGAACACCAACUCAAAUUUUACAUGUGCUCGUAAUUGUGCUUCCUAUG